CUGUUACCCUAUACAAUUAUUAGAAACCUAGCUGACUAGUGUGCUAUUCUAAUUUUCUGCAAGCAACAGAACUUUGUUUCAUUUGAAAAUUAGGACAAACCAUAGAGGAUCACGAUGUUGAUUGCAUUUUUUUUUCUUUGAUGUUCCCAAGGGAUAUGGUAGUAGUUGUUGGAAAACGAUUGAUAUUAAGUAGUAAUAGUUGUCUCAAUUACAACAUUUUAUUAUUGAAUAGUGACUAAAUAUAAUACAUAUUUAUAUAUCUAGACACGUUUAUAUCUCAUUAUUGUACAGUAUUUGUUAACAUUGAGCUUGCAAUUUCGGCGAAGAAUCAGCCUUGUUUACCUCUUCGAGUUACUCCCACUGGAUUUCCUUCGUCUUUCUGUGUUUUCCUUUUCUUUUUGAAUUACUAGUUUAAAGAAAUGUGCCUCAAUUUCAUAAAAUUUUACGCGGCUCUUUUAUUUGCAUGUUCCUCCUGAAAAUCCCUUGGGGAUGUUUGUUUGUCACCGAUUGCUUUACAGACACAGUCCAAAAAUCUUUUCCAAUGCAUGUAAUGAUAUAUAAGGUUUCACAAACAUGGUGGUAACAUCUUUGGAAGCUAUACUACACUACAAAUUUGGGUUCUAGUCCAUUUGGUGAGUUUCCAAUCAAACAAACACAUAGUCCAAACACCUUUUGAACAUGAGACUUUCCUUCAUGAGUUUCAUUUUUUAGCUCUGUAACCAAACAAGUUGUAGCACCCAUGUUUAAGCCCAUUGUAUGGUAUAGUAUAUAUGGUUCAGGAGAGAUAAAAAGGAGGGGUAGGGUAGGCCACACUACCCAUAACAGCAAAGUGGUUGGCACUUUUAUUUAAAUCACCUAACAUCAAGUGGCUAUUUAGAAAUCAAGACCCUUUAUAAAAAACCAUUUGAACAAGACACCAUUAUUUCCCAGUCUUCCCACCCAACAUGGAUGGUCCGUCUCACCAAAAGGCCUUCCAUUCUCUCCAUGUUUUCUCCGUGAAGUCACCACCAUCUUCUACCUUAAGCUCCAUGAAACUCAAAACCCUAGUUCACACACUCAUCUUGUCACGUGUGUGUCGCGUGGCUCGUGCUCUCUCCAAAGUAAAGUCCAUUCUCAUUGAGCUUCUUAAGGAAAUCCCACUCUCUCACUUCAUAUACCCCAUGAAGAUGAAGAAGAAGAAGAAGAAGAAGAAGAAGAAGAAGAAAACCUUUGGUUCAUUUCGAAUGCACUAUAACUGGUGCUCUUCUCAUGUCUUGCCAAUGCCUCUUGACAGGUUUCCUACAAGCCAUGUUUAUUAUGAUUCUACAUGGAAUUCUAUUGUUUCUACCGAGUGUGAUGAUAGUGCGGAGUCACAGCUCUCCGGUUACCUCCAUUGGCUCGAAGAGAAGGUUCGUGACAAUUCUAAGACAGAGGACAUGAACGAGAUUGAUCGGCUCGCUGAUAUGUUCAUUGCAAACUGCCAUGAGAAAUUCAAGUUGGAGAAACAAGAAUCUUACAGGAGAUUCCAAGAAAUGAUGGCUAGAAGUGUGUGAGAAGGGUCUUUAUAACUAUUUUCUCUUUUUGUUUCUUAUUGACUUUUGUUACAAUUUUUUUUUUUUUUUUUGUGUACUCCAAGAUGGGGAUUGGAGAAUUGUAGAUGAUGGGGGGUGUGGAGAAUUGUUCAAUUCUGGUGUUUAUUGUUAUGCUGGUGGAAAUUAAUUAAGCUUCUAAAUCCCUAGAGCCUGGUAGUUUUCUUGAAAUUUUGACUUAUUAGUGAUGGAUUUUGGAUAAGUUUCUGGUGCUAAUUUUGAGUAAAAUUUGCAGGUAUUAGUGCUA